AUGAUUGCUGAACAAUUAAUGCAAAAGCCUACUGACCCUGCUGUUUAUGCUACUUCUAAUGGGGUUCCUUACACUCACCAUCCUUAUGGUGCCCAAACUGCAGGCCCGGGUGGUCCACUUUUACUUCAAGAUUUCCACUUGAUCGAUGAUCUUUCCCACUUUGAUGCUGAAAGAAUUCCCGAAAGAGUUGUUCAUGCUAAAGGUGGUGGUGCUCACGGUUAUUUUGAAUUGACUGAUUCCUUGUCGGACCUUACUUAUGCUAGACCAUUCCAAUCGGUUGGUUAUAAAUGUCCUUUAUCAAUUAGAUUUUCCACCGUCGGUGGUGAAAAAGGUGCUGCUGAUACUCUUAGAGACCCAAGAGGUUUUGCCAUCAAAUUCAAAACUGACAUUGGUAAUAUGGAUUGGGUUUUCAAUAACACUCCCGUGUUUUUCAUUAGAGAUCCAAUCAAGUUUACUAGAUUUAUCCAUACUCAAAAGAGAGACCCAUCAACUAAUUUGAAUCAUUAUACUGAUUCCACUCAUGCUUGGGACUACUGGACUCAAAACCCUGAAGCUAUGCACCAAGUCGCUUACAUGUUUGGUAGAAGAGGAUGCCCCCAUAGUUGGGCUCAAAUGAAUGCUUACUCUGGCCACACCUUCAAGUUCAUUAAUGAUAAAGGUGAAAUGAACUAUGUUCAAUUCCAUGUCAUUGCUGAUCAAGGUAACUUUGAAGGUUUCACUGAGGAAGAAAGUCAUAUCAAAGCUGGUUUUUCUCCUGAAUUACAUCACCAAGAUUUAUACCAAAGAAUUGCUAAUGGUAAAUAUCCUUCCUACACUUGUUAUGUUCAAACUAUGACUCCUAAACAAGCUGAAGAAUUCCGCUAUUCUGUUAAUGAUUUAACUAAAGUUUGGCCUCAUAAGGAAUUUCCAUUAAGAAAGUUUGGUCGUAUUGUUUUGGAUCAAAAUCCAACCAACUUUUUUGCUGAAAUUGAACAACUUGCCUUUUCUCCAGCUCAUUUGGUCCCUGGUUUAGAACCUUCCAAUGACCCAGUCUUACAAUCCAGAUUAUAUUCUUAUUCUGAUACUCAUCGUCACAGAUUGGGGGCUAAUUAUCAACAAUUACCAACCAAUAAACCUAGAACUUUCGAUUCUAACUCUGGUUGUCCAUUUUUGGCUGGUAACUUCCAAAGAGAUGGUUUUGCAGCCUUUGAUAACCAAGGUUACAGACCAAACUAUAUGAGUACUUCCUGUCCAAUUCACGCUGCUGGUAGUGACCCAACUAAAUAUACCAAUGGCUUACCACCAAAGGAAGAUUGCAAAUUCCAUGGUGUUGUUGGUAAAGCAGCUCAAGACAAGUACACUAUUUUACAAGCAGAACAAGCAAAGAGAGCCCACGAAGAAAAAAUCUGGUUAAAGAGUUAUGAUUAUAUUUCUGGUUUUAGUGAACUUGAUGUUGAACAACCAAGAAACUUGUAUAAGAAGGUUUUCAGCGACCAAGAUAGAAAAGAAUUUAUUGAAAAUAUCAGCGGUCACGCUUCCACUAUUUCCAUUCCUGAAGUUAAAGAACGUGUUCCUUUAAUGUGGGGAUUAAUUGAUCCUGAGUUGGGUGCUGCCAUUGCUAAGAACUUGGAAGUUAAGUAUCAACCACUUUCUGUGGAAGAAUACAUUGAAAAAGUUGGUGUUUCUGCCACUCACUAA